GCCAUAGCCUCUGCUUAGACGAGCCCGAGCCGAGGCUGAAGACAGGCCCGCCGAUCACCCGCCGCCGGGUCGGCCCCAUGGCGCGCCGUAUUGGUGUCCAUGUAUAUCUACUAUCGUUGUGUAUCCAUGUAUGCACGGCGGCCUAGCCUGCGACGGGCCAUCUUCCCGACACUCCAGACAGCCCUUCGCCCAGCUGCAGCAGAUUCGACAUGAGCGAGCACGAGGGCGACCGCCAAAAGGCCAUGGCGGCCGUCGGCGCCUUGUUCGCAAAGUACAAACUCCUGGCGGCCAAGCGAACCAAAGGCCAUGUAGACUUUGACAGCCAGGUCAUGGACAGCCUCGAGCUGGUCGACGCGACGCCCGACGGCACCGUGGCCUUUGAUAUGGUCAUGGCCCCCAGCUUCUCCAAUCUCAACA